AUGCGGACUACGUGCAUGAGCAACGUGCGGCUUGUAUUCCUGCCGCCCAACACCACCGCAUUCACACAGCCGCUCGACCAGGGCAUCAUCCCCACCGCCAAGGCCCGCUACCGCCAGCACUGGUUGCGAGCCUUUUCGGCAUUAUGGAACGCCGACGGUGUGACAAGCGCCGUCGCGCAGUAUCGCCCGAACCUGCGCGAAGUCCUGGGGUGGUUGUCGGACGCGUGGACAUCCGUCGGUGCCCGUACCAUCCAGCGGUGCUGGUGGCGCACGGGGUGUCUUCCGCUCUCGUGGUCCUUGGAGCUGCCACACGUUCACGACGACGAACCCCGCCCUGCCUUAUAUCCCGACAUUGAGCUCGACGCCGACAUCGACGAUGUCGGCACGCUCAUCAGCGGGCUCGGCCUCGGGAACGGAGCAAUGACGGCCGCCGAGUACGUCGCCGUCGACGAUGGCGAGCCAACGUGCGCCGAUCGCGCUGCGGGAGAGCCCACCACGGAGCCGGAGGCGGGCCUGGUGGUGGAGCUCUGGGAGGCGCCGACGACCAUGCAGGCCGUCUACGACGACGCCGACCCCGUUGGCCGCGAAGCCCGGCGCACUGCCCGGGCGGCAUGCGAGAUGCUCAUCGGAUAUGCUCGGGCAACCCGCAUCACGCCGCGCGAUCUCUGCCAUCUAUUUGAUAUCCGCAACCCUAUCAUUAUCGCGCGGAUGGAGCGGGCGAGCCCGUCAUUCAACCUCAACGUGGCCCCUCAGCCCGUCCCCACCCCCGACGCAACUCCCACGCCCGAGACCCCUCGUCUGCGCGGCCGUGUGCUUCCUGGCUGGAUGACCCAGCCGUCCCGCCGUCAGCAGCUGCUCGACGCCGGUGUGGGCGCCGUGAUGGGCAGCUAUGUGGACGCGGCUGAGUGGAUGCGUCUGGGCCAGCUCAGCAAGGCCAGCCCCGAUCUUCCCCUCUCCCCCCACGCGGUCCGGAGUGUUGACCGCGCACUCGGCAAGGUAAGGCGGUUGCGCAGCCGUCUUUCCCCCGAGUUUUCCCCGCGCACCCUGCCAAUCUACAUCGUCCGCUUCCACGCCAUGCCCCCCGCGGCCACGUACACCGGCGGAAUCCUCGGCUUCCCCGCAACCGCUGCGCCGAUGGACGACUCGGACGAAGGGCUAAUCGCCUCCGCGGCUUCCGCGGGGUCGGCGGAUGCCGGCGGGCUGCGCCGCGCGUUCGACGCGUCGCAGCCGCACGUGCGCGCGUACGCGGCGCACCUGGUGCGCAUGCACAGCGCGGUGCUGGCGGAAGCGGGGGUCGAUAGCAGCGCGCACGUUUACAGCUACACGUAUGCUAUGAACGGCGUAGCAGCAACGCUCACUCCGCAACAAGUGGCGGCACUUAAGAGACGACCAGAAGUGGGGUCGGUGAGAGAGGCGCCUAAGUACGAGCUGCACACGACAUUCACGCCCACGUUCCUGAACCUGCGCAAGCGCGUGUGGAGCAACGAGACGCUCCAGAACGGGCAGAAGGGCGCGGGGCAGCAAGGCGAGAAUGUGAUUAUCGGCGUGAUCGACACGGGCAUCUGGCGGGAGAACCCUGCGUUCAGUGAUGAUGUGAGUACAACGAGGGGAAGGGUGAGAGGCAGCAGGGGGAGGGGCAGAAGGGCGAGGGGCAGCAGGGGGAGGGGCAGAAGGGCGAGGGCAGCAGGGGGAGGGGCAGCAGGGGGAGGGGCAGCAGGGGGAGGGGCAGCAGUGGGAGGGGCAGAAGGGCGCGGGGCAGCAGGGCGAGGACGUGAUUCCCAGUGGAAGGGGUCGUGCAUGACGUCAGCGGACUUCCCCAGCUGCAACCGCAAGCUGAUAGGCGCGCGCGGGUUCUUCCAGGGGCUCAAGGCGUCGGGUUACACCAUGGACUGGACCAUCGACUACAAGUCCGCACGAGACGUGGCGGGGCAUGGCACUCAUACCACCAGGUACGGCAUGGGGCACACAGCAGCAGGGGGUUGUGGCUUUGGCUAG